GUGCAGAACACCAUGUGUAUACAUAUCAUUGUAAACUUAUGAUGUGCAGAAUACCCUGUGAUUCAUAUAUAAACUUGCUUGUACCUUAGAUUGUGUAUACAUAUCUUAUUUUCUUUUUUCUUUCUAUUCCCCUUUCUUUUCUUCUCCUUUCUUUUCUUCUUCCCUCCCUUUCUCGUUCCCCUCCCUUUCCCUUUUCUUUCCUUUCCCUUUCCCUUUUCUUUCCUUUUCUUCUUCCUCGUUUCUUUUUUCUUUCCUAUUCCUCCCUGCUUCCCCCUGCCCCUACCUACCUACUAGCUCCUGAUAUUAACUGUUUUCUAAGCUUCGUUCACCAUUAAUAAAGCUUGUAGUCUUUCUUGAGCUAUAGAUUCUUAGUGUUAAACCACUCUAUACCUGUGCUAGUUCUAAAAUAGGUGAUAUCUGAAUUACAACAAAAAGCUUUACACAAAAAAGAAACAAGACUUCAUCUGAUAUUAUGUGAAUCACGGAUAUCUAAGGUACGUAACAUGCAGUCUACAUUUUGUUGUCACUCCUACCGAUUCAAUUGUUAGAGCUAUAGAAUAUGCAGUAAUGCAUAUGAAUAACAAAACAAGGGAAUGAUUCAUUACCUCAGCCACAACCUGCUUGAGAAGAAAACAGUGAGAAGCUAAACAUCUAAUUUAAUACAGCUUUGUUCAUUUAAAUUUUCUUUUAAAUGUUAUUACCAAGAACACAAAGCUCUUUCCCCACAAUUGUUAUGCAUGUGGCGUGCAAAAACCAGCCCAUACCCAGACAAACGAAACAAGUAGGGAUUAAGGACUGGGGAAUAAUGGCAGGAGGGGUUGAACCAAGUUUGGGUCAGGAAGCUUAAUUCCGGCAAAAGGGAGACACUAUAUCAGCCUGUUUGAGAAGGGUCAUUUGGUGAACAAAGGGAAAGUGUUAUGGUAAAACUGAUUUCAGUCAAAAUAAGAAAUUCAAAGUCUACCUAUUUUAGAGGUAAGCAUGGAAUGAUUUCUAUUUUCUAGCAUACACAUGAAUGGUCAGAACCUUGAUCAGUCAUUCAGUAACUAUAACUAGAAAUGAUUCAUUGUUUUUGCCUGCAUAUAGUAUUUUUCAGGAGGAGGGAGGUGCCAGUAAGACAACAAUAAAUGAUUUCAGCAUCACAAUCAUACAAACAUGCAUCACAGUUAAAGAUUUUUGCAAUAUGCCCGCCAUCUUAGAGUGUAGAAAUAAAAGGGAAAGUAAAUCGGCAAAAGAAAAAAUUACCCAAGGAUUUUACUUUAACAAUAAUCCUUCACAUUCCAUAAUAGAAUCAGCAUAUAGGCAUGAACCAGAGCACGUGCUACACAACACACCC